CCCAUAGGCGAGAGGGCGAGCGCGCAGACAACUCCAGAGCAGCACGCAGGGAAAUGCGAAGCACUGUAACUUAAUUUCUAACGCGGCAUUUUUUAUUUAUUUCACGGCUGAAGGAAGACCCAGAAAGUGGGAUUUCAUUUUUCGUGAUCUAAAGAAAAUCUUCCUGAAAUUACAAGUGGCUUUAAGAUCACAGGAGAAAGCUUGAAAACCCUGUGAUCGAGUUCAUGAAGAAGUGUACUCAUAUUUCAGGUCUCGCUUAGACUGUUAGCGCGGAGACAAGAAUGGACUAGUCGAACCCUUAAUUUGAACAGUGGAUCUAAUUUCAUUAGAAGUGUGUUAACCAUUCAUUUAAUAUUUCAUACGUAAAUAAACUGAAGGAUUGUUCCAAAAGUCCGCAGCAAUGGGGGAGCAGCCGAUCUUCACCACCAGGGCUCAUGUCUUCCAGAUCGACCCGACCACCAAGAAGAACUGGGUUCCUGCCAGCAAGCAGGCAGUCACCGUGUCGUACUUCUAUGACAGCACGCGCAACAGCUACAGGAUCAUCAGCGUGGAUGGAUCCAAGGUGAUCAUCAACAGCACCAUCACCCCCAACAUGACCUUCACCAAGACCUCCCAGAAAUUUGGCCAAUGGGCUGACAGCAGAGCCAACACUGUGUUUGGCCUAGGGUUCGCCUCUGAGCAGCAGCUAGCAAAGUUUGCUGAGAAGUUCCAGGAAGUGAAAGAGGCAGCCCAGGUCGCGAGAGACAAGUCUCAGGAGAAGAUGGAGACAUCGAGUAACCACUCCCAGGAGUCUGGUGGUCGUGACACCCCUUCAUCCAACCAGGCAUCCAGCAUCAACGGGACGGACGAUGAGAAGAUCUGCUUCACAGGGCCUGAACCCGCCCAGCUGAAGAGCGAGAACGAGCGCUUGAAAACAGCGGUGGAGCAAAGUAACACCAACGCCAAGAAGUGGGAGACGGAGCUGCAGACGUUGCGGGAGAACAACGCCCGUCUGGUGGACGCCCUGCAGGAGUCCUCCGCCAACGUGGAGAGCUGGAAGAAACAGCUGAGCACCUGCAAGGAGGAGAGCGACACGCUCAGGGAGAAGAUAGCAGAGUUGGAGGCUCAGUGCAACGAGGCCAGCGCGGAGAAGGAGAGGAAUUCGAAGCUGGCUGUUCGGGUUCAGGAGCUGGAGGUCGAGCUGCAGGACAAAGAGCAGGAACUGGAGAACCUGAGGAAGCAGGCAGAGAUCAUCCCCCAGCUCAUGGCUGAGUGUGAGAGCAUCACAGAGAAAUUACAGGCCGCCGAGCUGAAGAACAAGGACCUAGAGGAGAGGAUAGAAGGUCUCUCUGGGGAGAUCGAGGACAGCCAACAGAAGCAGGGCAACAUGAAGGGAGAGCUGAAGAAAUUCAUGGACAUCCUGGAUGGAAAGAUCGAUGAGCUGCAUGAGUUCAGACAGGGUCUGUCAAAGCUAGGGGUGGAGAACUGAAAGGGGUCUGAGGCGGAGGACUUGGGAGGUGUGACGGAGGUUAGAUACAGAUAUGGAGGAUUUUCCUGAAGUCUUCAGGGCAGGACACUGUGGCACUCGAACCCCCAAAGUCCACACAGAACAAUCAGCUAUAAACAAAACCUCGACUAAAUGGAAGGGUGGGAGGUACAGAAGGUUGGAUCGAGAUAGGAGGGGCACAGGAGCGAGCGGAGGGGGCCUAAAUGUGUCCUGUGUCCAUAUUCUGGGAGAGAGUCACACUCACUGUUUACUGAGCCGUCGCUAGGGGGGGGGGGGGGGCUGGGGGGGGGGAGCUUCUAGAACAGGUGGAGGGUUCUUGGAUUCUAUCUGUGUAUUCCUGCAGGCUGCCAGAGUUCCGAACUGGCAGUUUGAUGUUGGCGAGGGCAGAAGGGGCUUUAAAAGGGCUAACGUGAAAAUCCGACACGGCGACAUGCAGUUCAGCAACAGUAAAAGUAAUAACGAUCCAUGUUAAUCCCGAUGGCCACUUCAUGAGAACUGAUUUAUCUUUUUAAAAGAGUCUACUUACUAAUACUUCAUGUUUCAUCUCAGGUGUGUUUGAAGACGGUUUUGUUCUUGUUAGGUUAAUAUGCACACAUGACACACGGCCGAGUCACAAAGUGCCUCUGGGCAGGACGGCUCGAUACGCACCCGCCUGGCUAGGAGACACGGCCUGGAUCGUCACCAUAGUAACUGACUUUAUUUGAGAGAGAAAAAAAAAAGAUUGAUGAUUCUUUGGUAAACAACAGCGUGAAAACAUCUGGGCUAAAGUAACAUGAAGGAACAAUGAAUAUUAGGCAGGAGGCCUGUUGAUCUGGGCCGACACGCACUUACUAUUAAGGGGAUGACAAAUAAUCGUUUCUAAUAGCUAGGGUAAAUUAAAUUGCAGGUGUUUCGAAAAGAAUUCCUGCUAGGUGGUUUGUGCAUCCAGAACAACAUUUUCCGUGAUGGAAGCAGUUGUACACAGAAACAUCAUCCUCAAAAACUAUGCUAGUAACCCCAUCUGUUAUGAGUGCAGUGUUCUUAAGGAUUUUGCAUGAUUUUGGUUUUUUUUGUGAGCAAAGUAUGUCUUUAAACGUGUUGUCCCUGUUGGAUAUGCUUCCCACACAACUUAAGUAUCUGUUGGUGAUUUCUGUAUCUGAGGGGAAUGUUUUUGCUGCUGGAAAGAAAGAUAACGUGAACAUGUACGUCAUAUACGACGACUGAUGGGCCUUCAAUACAACAAUGACAUUCUAUAUUUUGUUAAUGUUUUGAUUUGUUUGUCGGUGCCUAUUGACUUGUCAACUAGUCUUUCUAGUUCUGAUCCACUUAUAUGAACAACAUUACCUUAACCUGUGUUUUUCUCCAAGUACUAUAUAUUACAUACAUUCAAACUUUAUGGCCUCAAGACUUUUAUAAAAGAUUAUUUUGGGUGAUUGGUGGUGUGAUAGUUUCUUUUAGGAUGUGGAGUCUACCAGUUAAGAAUGCAGCAUUGUUAGCUGUAUUUGAAUUUCAAUCUUUCACUUGUAUCAAAGGGACGUUUAGUGGAAUAUUUAUGGAAAACGCCAUCAUGCUGUAAUUGUAUAUUUUCUAUCCCAGUUUGAUGACAAAUGUUUUGAAAGGGGAUGUCUACCAAUGGACUGACUCUGUUUCCUAAUGCCCCAUCAAAUAAGGACUUCCAUGAGGUUCGCAGGAACCUAACUAUAGACCUGAAACUUCCUGGCAUAGUUUUGACUCCUCCCCUUUUGUGACCACUGUUCAAUAUUGUACAAUAUAGAAUUGACAAUUGUUGAAAUAUAGUUUAAUUACA